UUAUAUUCUAAAAACAAAAACACAUUGUUUCACUUUACAGUAGAAAUUGUUACAACGACCGCAUAGUGAUCCAGAGUAAUUUGCUAAAUUCUGACUACUGGAAUCUUUUUUUAAUAAAAGCUUGUUUGUUUGUUUUUUUCUGUUAGCACAGAAAAAAAACUUCUUUGAGAGGAAAUAUAAGGAAUAACAGAAAACAUUUUGCUGCUCAUAUUACAUGAACUUGUGUUCCUGAAAUACACUAACAAGGUUCAGGAGUAACCGUGCCUCCUCGCUCAGAGACACGAUGCUCUCCACAUGGCACUUCUUAUCCUUUCUUUCUGCUACAGUGCAUUAGCAACUGAGGAAUGCAUUUAUGCUUUGUGUCUUUCAGAAAUGUAUCAUUUUUUUGAAAGGGUACCUUGGCAUUCUUUCACUUUUUUCUUUUUUAAAGAAAAGUAAUUACUGGUUUUAAAGCUUUUUUCCCCUAUCGUCUUCAGUCAAGAGUAUCCAAGUAGGCCAAGAAUAAGGCUUUACUUAAAUAUUCUCAGUCUUCUUCUGAUCUCCUUCAGAACUGACAUUUCUUUCCUCCUUUGUUCUCCUCCAGCAUUCUAAUCAACUGUUCUCAAUCCCACUGACUGGUUCUCUUCACCCACCUUGUCCUCCUGUUUCCCUUUAUUUAUAGCACCCACAGAUUCUACCCUUGAUACUUCUUCCAUUUAUUUUACCUGCACAAAACCCAACUCUGCUAAGCUCUACGCUGCUCUUGCUUUUGAGCUAGAUCCAAACCCAGGGAGGCAGAGCAGGAGACCUCCUCUACCCCAUUGAGCCCCUCUGGGGAGUCGAGCAGCAGAGGAAGUGCAGAACUCCAAGGAAGUGCAGCUGUCUGCAUAAGCUGCCAUGACAGCACGGAGCCAGGAUGUGCUCUGCGACACUGCCCUCCCAGAAGCCUUCCUAACCUGAUGGGAGCACUCCUUCUAAGGCCACUCCUCGAUCAGAUUCUGUCCUACUGCUUGGAUUGGAGGAGAAGGGAAUUUACUAGUGUAGAUGUGGGUCAUUUCAUGCCAGUUGCUCUUUGUGGCCAAGAAGAUUUCCAGAUAUGUUUAAUUUACAAGUAUAAAUACAGCCUCACAGCAGAGAAAGCCUGCCAACGAAUUUUGCAGAGAGAAAAGUCACUUAGGCAGAGACAUUCUAAUGCUGUUUUCCAACUAGCAAUCAGUUUGUGUUGCCUUCACCUCUUUUCUCCUCCCCAAGCUUCGCACUUGUUAAAAGUCUUCUUACCUUGUGAUGCAAGUGCUUACAUUUUAAUUAGCAGAAACUGUCCCCACGCAACCCCCCCUUUCUCCAAAGAAGCUUCUGGGAGAACUGUCAUUUGCUUGUCUUGUUUUUGUCAUCUGCUGCUAAGGUUUUCUGAUUAUCAUGCUUCAUGCUGUUCCAGUGUAAAAAAUAUAUAUAUUUCUUUGCCCUGAUUUUCUUUAAAACCCAGUCCUCUCCAUAAAUUCAAACAGUCUUUUAAUUUCCUACAUUGUUUCCUCCCCUUUUCCCCUUAAACUCACAAAUUAGGCCUUCUAAUUAGAAAAAGAGAGAAAACAGAGCAAUUUAAAACCAAUCACACAGUCUAGUGCUCUCUACACAAUUAUAUAUGGAACAAUUAUUAGAAGCAGAAAUAGAAUUUGAAAACCAUUAUGGGUAAAGGAGACAAUAGCAGAGACUCCAAAGUAUGGGUGAGACCAUGGGGUUUAGCACGUGUGGCUGUUAGCAGAAACUGGGCAGGCAGUGCUUCAAGCAGGGUGAUUUCUAAUCUUUCGUGAGCUCUGAGGACCACAAGCAAGAAGCACAUGCCCUCCUUAAGUUUUAAUUUCCCAUUUAAAUAGCUAAAUAUAAAACAGGAGUCAUAAGAUCAAAGUAGUUAAAUCCAACAUUUCUAAAGAAGGUUUAUCAAUAGAGUUUUUGCUAGCAACUGAUCUCCACUAAGACACAAACACAAUGGCUGUGCUACGUGCUCAUACAGCAGCAGAGCCAAUUUCCGUGGCAAAAAAAUACCCAAGUAGCCAUAAAAGUUGAGUUAUGUGUUGACCAAGUGAGCCAUGAGCGACGCUGGGUGCACCUCUGGGAGAGCAGAUUUAAGAGAAGGAAAACCAGCUGAGGAACUGCAGCCGGGAGAGAGGAGGGAGAGAAGCAGCCCUGCUGCCACUAAGGUGAGGCAGGAGGUGCUCCAGGCAUGGAGCAGAAGCACCCUGCAGCCCAGGGGAGGCCUAUGGUGGAGCAGCGAUGGAGUGUUACGGACUGCCUGCAUUCCCUGUGCUGCUCCAGGGAAGGAGGGAGAAGAGGGUGGAUGGGAGGAAGGUAGUUUUACUUGGCUUCUGGUUCUCACCGCUCUGGUCUGUUAGCAAUGGGCAACAAACUGCAUUCAUUUCCCUAUGCUGAGAGUGUUUUGCCCAUUAUAGCAAUUUGUGAUUAAUACUCAGUCCUUAUCUUGACCCUUGAGCACUUUUCCAUCACCUUUUCUCUCUCUCUUCCUUUGAAGACAGGAGCGAUAAAGCAAUUGAAGCAAUUAUCUGCCCAUUAGGUUGAAACCACCACAGGUCUACUUAUUUUUACAGUAAAAUGCUGCAAGGCAUGCAAAAAAAGAUUACGUGCAAAUAACAAACACUUGAGGAAAAGACUGGAGAGCCAUCCUCUCCACCAGUGACAAGAAUGACAGCUGAGAAUCAGAAAUAAAAAUUGCAUUAGUCAAAAUGUUGUUUUUUUGUUGAUGCAUAAAAUUAGCAUGUAAACUCUUAACAAAGCAAGUCACUGAAAAUGGGAGAGCCUUUCUCCUAGGGAGGAAAUGGGAGAGUGAUCGCACAACAAGUUAUUGUUUAAUGAGAAACUGAGAGGAACUCAGACAUUAUAAGAAUAAUAGCGUGAUUUUACAGAUUGAGAAGGAAAACAAAUCAGACUUGCAGCAUCCCAACAAUUUAACACCAAUUUUGAAGUCCACAAGCCAAGAUUUAUGAAGAUCCUUAAACAUUCACUUCCACAUAACCGAUUCCUCAAAAGUGACUAGAUGGCAACUAGUCUUUAGGGGAACUGUUAUGUCACAGCCCAAAAUGAUGAUUGGGCACCUGGUGAAGUGGGUGGCUGGCCCAGGAAGCACAGGUGCAAGAGAUUCAUCUGUGCUUUCCAUGUGACUGGAAGAGGUGGACCCAGGGUCCACACCUCCCUGGGCUCAUUUAAGGGCUUUCCUUGGAAGGAAGAAUGUCUCCUGGGUGAGGGCUGUCUGUUAAGAAGUGGUCUAUAACCAGAGAUCUUCAUCACCAGCUGGCAGCUGGAAGCCAUUUGUGUUCAAGUUCAGCCAGGACAGAUGAAGGAAACAGAAAGGCCAGUGCCAUCCUUGGCACCAAUCCAGUCCAAAACUGUAAUGCUGAGUCAGUCUGUUGGUAGAAAUUCUAGCAUGCCAGGACUUGGCAUUAUUAAUCCCCAGAUAAUUAAGAUGCAGCCUGUUACAGGACCUGAGCAGCAGCAGCAGCAGCUUUUCCUGCAUAGUUCUUCUGAGUCUCCAGUUCAGUUGCUUAUGCAGAAACCUUUACCGUCUCAUGGAUCAGUGCCUGUGAACAAGAUUCCUACAAAUAAGGUGCUAAACGGACAGAAAACUGCACGUGCCACAGUAUCACCUGCGAGGUCUUCAAAUAUUGCAGCCAGCUCAACAAACACUCUGAUGCCAUGCCUUGAAAAAAAACAGAAAGAUGACAAGCUAAAAAAGUCUUUGAAAGUGAAAACUCGUUCUGGACGGAUUUCACGCCCUCCAAAGUACAAGGCUAAAGAUUAUAAAUUCAUUAAAAUGGAGGAUUUGGCUGAUAGUCAUCAGUCUGAUUCCGACGACUACUCUGAGCUGAUUAUAGAAGAUGAUGAAGAGGGAAAGGUGAAGGGAAAGGAUGCAUUGUUCAAUUCUUCAAAUUAUAAUCUGAAGCCCAAAAUGUUUAAGUGUCAGACUUGUGAAAAGUCCUAUAUAGGAAAAGGAGGAUUAGCAAGACAUUAUAAACUUAACCCUGGUCAUGGACAGCUGGAGUCUGUACCUCAAAAAACACCCUUAAAUAAACCUAAUGGAAGCAUAUCUGUGGACAAUCUCUGCGGAAUAGGAGAGGAAAUUAUGAGUCCAGUGCAUUUGAAUUCCAUUGCUGUCACUUUAAAUAAUGAAAACGCACUACCUACCAAUUUGGAAGAAACUGCUGGCUCACAGGUUGAACAGACUUGUAAGUCUGCAGAAAGCAGAAACCUGUUGGCAGAACAACAGAAUGAAAGCAGUUCAGGACAGCGGGGGCCCAUAACAGCAAAAGGACCUGGAAGACCCAGAAGACCGAAGAGACGCGGUCGACCGAGGGUGGGUGGAAGAUCCAGGUGUUCUGGGAGGCUUAGCAGACCUGGUCAGUCCCCUUCAAAGUCCCUUAGUGGUGUGUCCACAGAGCGCAAUGUAUUCAGAAGAAGAGCUAGGUUAAAAGAGCUAAUACAACAAUGUGAUAAUGAAGACUUGAUGGAGCUGGUUCUCCCACGUCUUACAGAGCUUGUUACAGUGUAUGAAUUCCUGUUGAUGAAGGUUGAAAAAGGUUGUCCAGCCAAAGCUUACUUCCCUAAUGUGUAUAGAGAAUUUGAAGAGUUGCAUAAUAUGGUAAAGAAAAUGGCUUAUGAUUACCUCAGUAAUUCUGAUUUUCUGAGCUGCCAGCAGCCAAUUGAAAUAAAAGAUGCUAAGGUUGCCGAAUCUCUAGGAAUUACAGAAAUAACCUCUGGCGAACAAAAGAUGCGCGGUGUAGACUCUUGUUCACAGUGUAUAAUUAAAAUGGUUAGUGAGCAAGUGCCUGUGGAGACACUGGGACAAAAACGGUUAGCUGAGAGCUCAGGGGAGGAACUGUUGCCAUCAGCCAAAAGGACCAAGUUAGAAGAUGUAAUGGAGAAUGUGAAUAAUGCUUAUUCCAGUCAAGAUGAAGUGAAAGAAAAGAGUGGAAAUUUAUGUGCACUCUUUGAAAAAGAUGGUCUUAAUCCAUUAAAUGGAGAAAUCCUGCUUCCAGAAGACAGACAUGUCACUUGCUGCACAACUGGAAGCAUAUUACCUGCAGAGGAGGAACAUAAUUUACUUGUUGAUUCAGAAGUUAGAAUCAAUGCUGAAAAUUCAGGUACCUUCUCUCAGACUGUGGAAACGAGGAUAGAGUAUUCCCAACCUGUAGAUGGGCAGGGACCAGGUAUUUCGGCUGACACAUCUUUGCUACAUACUGAAAUUGUACUGCCUGUAGAAGCGGGAGGUGCACCAGAAUUAGCUGAAGUACAUUUGGUGAGUCAAAACACAGCGGGAGGACUGUCAGCUGCUGAACCCUGCAACUCUGUCUCAGAGCAUGCAGUGGGCAUUCGGAGCACUGACUUGGCAGUGAGUGAGGAAAAUGGUCUCAGUCAAAAAUGUCAGACACCGCAAGAAGAAAACCAGAAUUUUGCUCUGAAAGGACAAUCUGAACAACUUCAUGACGCUGGUAUGGCUGAGAUGCAGGAAAUGGAAAAAGCUUUUUCAACACAUGUGCCAAUAAAUUAUCCACACGGUGCUCAGGCUGAGUUGCACCAGAAUCCUGUCCAGGAAACCACCCUGUCUGCUGGUGUGAACCAUGACUGCGCUUAUAAUAACAUGAGUGAAUUUUCUUGUGGGACAGAGGAACAACACGAACUGGAGAAUGCAGUUACUGUAGAUCAAACUGUAGCUUUUGAGAUUACUGGUGAGAGCCAUGACUUCUUGACUCAGGGACAUGAACAGAUUUUUAUUCAGACUUCUGAUGGGCUUAUUUUGUCUCAUCCCAAUGCUGCUGUUUUGUCUCAGGCAGAAGGUAUUGUUAUUGUAACUGAUUCUGAUGGUACUACAAUGCACAUCCGCACACCUGACGGGAUACCUUUGGAAACUGUGGAAGCACUACUGGCAAUGGAAGCAGAUGGCCAAAGCGAAGAUGUUCUGCUCUCACAGAGUGAAUUGGAGCCAUAAAUCAGAAUACUACACAGUCUUUCUUCUGGGAAAGACCGACUAUAUAAAAUGUAUAUUUUUCUAAUGUGAAUAGUGAGAUAACUGAAAUUUAACUUAUUUGUAAACUGUUUCUAUGCCCUAUACUUUUUAUAACUUAUGUUUAUAAAAAUCUAAAACAAUUGCAACCAAAAAUUCUGAAAUUAACAUUGUUCUCCUUGCUUUAUAUGUUGGGGGGGGUGGGUAGAAAGUGGAAAUCUGGCAAUCCUAAAGCUGUUGCACUAUUCCCGUUUGUCACACAAUUCCUUUUCUCUCUAGCCAUCUAAAAAUGCAGUAAGUUGUACUGCUUUUUGGCAGUGAUGUGCUGUGUACUGGCAAACUGUGUAUGGGUAAAAUAAAAGCUAUCUGAAAGUAUGCAUUUUCUGUGCUGUUGAGAUUACAAGAAGACUGCUGUUUUGCACUUUCUUAAAGCUAGGUUGAAUACAUCAGCAUCUAGAUUUGGCAUGCACAGCUCCGCCUGGAAAAAUGGGGGUUUCAAAUACAAUCCAUGCUUGUGCACUCCAGGAACAAUGUGACAGCCCAACUGAUCUUUAUUUAAAUAGCAUUAGGCUGUGUAUGCACUGAGUUAGAGACAAAAAUAGCCUCACACAAGAAUUGAUUUGUACUGAACUACUGGCAAUGUAUUCAAGUAUUCUCGCUAAUGUUUCCUAAUGGUCAGCUGUGCAUUCAACACUUACUGCUACUUGGACAGAAAUGGGAAGGUUCAAAACUACUGAACUUCUUUAACAGGAUAACAAAUCCUUUUUACCUUUUAGGGCCUGGUGGUCUCUUUUAAUUCUUAGAUUUGUAUUAUCUUUUUCCUAGAUUUAUAUCUUUUUUUCCUCCAUCUCAUAAAUUCUAAGUUUUGGCCUUCCCAGUUACUCUACACUGCUCUGUACUGUUUAAUCAUAAUAAAAAUUUAGCCCUGACUGUAAUUCCUGUUUCUCUACGCAGAGAUUAAAAGUUCUCCUGUUAUUUAUUACCUUCUGCUAUCUUGUGUGGUAGUGAAGUGGCAUUUAAUGCUUGGAUGAUAUUUUGGUGGAUGCUUUCUUGCAGCUUGUUCUCCAAGCCACUGACUUUUCUUUUAAAAAGCUUAUCUGGUAAAAAGGAUUAACCCUAAAUGACCAUUAUCUGAAUUUUAUUUGUAAACUCUUGCAGAUGUUAAUGAAAACUGAUAAGAUACACUAUAUUUGUUGCCUCAUUGAAACUACUGAGAUAAUUGGACAAAUCAGCUAAAAGCACCUAUUAUGUGCAGAACUGUUCUUAAAUCAAAUAUUCAUAGUAAUUAAGGAAAAACAUACUAACAUGGAAUCCAAAUGAGUGAGACAAUUUAGAGAUUAAACUGUCUGCCCUAUAAUAUUGCAUUUAUUUAUUUGCUUGAACAGAAGGUCAAAUUAUGAUUAGGCAGAACACUGCACUUGUAGGGUUGUGGAAGAUGCCAUUAUGUGCUUGUAAGAUCCUGUCUGCUUCUUAAGUUUAUGGAGGGUUUUUUGGUUUCGUUUUUGUGA